UAUACCACUUGGUGACUGAUAGCCUCAAUAUUAGUUUUGAUUCCUGGUAGAUUCAUAUGGUUUGGACAAGCUUUCAUAUUUUCAGAGAUUAAAUUUGUUAUAUUCAUUAUAUUUUAACAUAGAUCUAGGUUUCUUUUUUACAAGUAUUUUGUUUCUUUGUGAAGCUUAAAAAGUAAUAUAAAAAAACAAAAAAAAACUUACAGUUAACUGUACUUGAGGCUUAGUUUGUUAAAAAUCUGUACUGAAUUUAUUUCUAUAAACAAAGAAACAACAAACAUUUUGUGUAGGCCUACAUAGAUAAGCUGUGAUCAUGCCUUCAGGACGAGGAGGAGGGAGGCGUAUGUCUGUUGUCAUAGCAGCCAAUCGUUUGAAAAAGAAAGUAGAUGAUAAUCCACAGAAAUCAACAACGCCCUCUCAGGAGUCAGAGGAAAGACUGGGCUCUUCAAGACAUGUCCUAUGGAAUGAAGAGAUUGAGAAACUACAAAUCAAACAGGAGGAACUCAAAAAGAUACAUCUCCCACAUCCACCAGCUGAAGAGAAAAAAGCAGUUGUUAAAAAGGUGCCUGUAAAAAAGAUAAAACAGCCAGUGGUGAAGACAGAACCAAUACCAGACAAGCCCCUACUAAAAGUGAAUGAUGGUCCUGUUGAUCCAAAAGAUUAUUCAGGUUAUGCAGGCCCCAGGUAUGAUGAGAAAGGGGAUGUAAUACCAUACAGUAUUCUUGGCAAAUAUGAAGACUUCUAUAAAGAGGCUGUUAAAAGGGGAGAUUUAUUAGAGACAUUGCCAACACCUAGAAAGUCAGAGAAGGUUGACUCUCCCACAGUUAAGUAUGAAAAGAAGAAAAACAUCAAAUUAAAUCAGGAUGAACACAACGCUUUAAAAAACUGGAAUGCCAAAAUGAAUGAAAGAAAACGACAACAAGAACACAUCUCAAAUCUUUUAAAUAAGCCAUUAGAGGAACUAGCAAUGAACCAAGCUGACAACUUUCGAGCUAUUGAAGAGCAAAGAUAUCUUAUUGAAAGAGCCAUACCAAAAAUAGAUUAUGGAAAAGGCUAUCGUGCUGGUAGUGAGUUCUGGAAUCAACGAAGGCAGCUUGGAGAUGAUUUAAAUGGAAUUCACAUGACCUUGACCCAGACACAGAAAGGUAACCCCCCUCCAGUGGAACAUGUUGGACUUUCUCAGGUGGUCAAAGCAGAGAAAGGCUGUGAAUGGCAUGGUCAAACCAAUGUUCACUUCAGGUAUCCUUGGCACAAAUCAGAAUUCUUGAACCAAAGACUGCAACAACUUCAGCCAUACAUUGAUGAAGUCAGUUCAUGGAAACCUGAUUUUGAGAACCUGCAAGUCAUUGGUUCUAGCAACCCAUACAAGAACACUGAGGAGUUGAUGUUGAACAAAGAAGAAAAAGAAGAUAUAGCUAACCAGGAAACUGAAGCAUUGCAAGACGAUGACACUAAAGAGAACCAAGAACCACAUAGAGAACUAAAGCCUGGGGAUGUGCUGUUUGGUCCUUCUUUACUUAUUGAUGGUCAGCUUGCUCAGUGGACUGGAGAUGGAACUUCCCAUACUGAUGAGAUUGCCUUAGAGGCAAGAGUUACUUUUGAAGGUUUCACUGACCAGAGAGUGACAUCCCAUCUUGAUGUAGUGAACAAUGGGACAACAACCAUUUACUUUGACUGGACAAAAUUGGGAAAAAAUAAUCCAUUUGACCUCAAUCAAAAACCUAUUCAACGUUUUUACUUCAACAAUGCACCAGGAGUUAUUCUGCCUGGUGAGAAAGUUACCUUUCCUUUUGUUUUUAAAUCUUCUGAACCUGGAGUUUACACAGAACAAUGGAAAUUAGAAACCAGACCAACAGUUUGUGGCGGUGCUGCACUCCUAAUAACUUUGAGGGGAAUAGGAAUCCUAGAAGACAAGUUCAAAGAGCAAAGAGAAAAACUGGAGAAAGAGUUGUCAGAAAAACAAGCUGUUGAGAUUUGUUCCAGACUUCUCAAUGAAUUGAUUCAUAACAUCAGAACUCCUGAGCGCUCUCCUUCACCUAUUGAUGCCUAUGUUACCGAAGAAGAAUUAUUUUUACGUAAUAAUGCUAGUUUUCAAUAUGACCAUCAGAAAAUUUCACAACUAAAGGAUUUGUACAGUCAACUUUUCCCAGAAGAGGAGAGGGCAGAAAAUGUUUGGAGCUUGAGCAUUGAAGAUCUGUUGGAGAGCAUCAUGAAGCUAGAUGAGGAUGAUGAAAGGAAAGACAACAUGUUGCAACUAAUGAAUGAAAUAGUUGGCAAAUUGACCUACAUCCCAACCAAGCCUCUUCUGGAGCAGAUGCAGUACAUAGGGUAUCAAAUUUUUAUUGAAGCUAUUGAUAGAAUGGUGGGCGAGUCUUUACUUCUGAGACAAACUAUGGGCCUACCAAUCAAAAAUCAGGAUGAGACAGAAACAAUUGGUCAGAGUAAUGAGGCUCCAAUACCUGUAGUAGAAGAAGCCCACAACUCAGCAGCUGAUGAGGGGCGUCGAGGUAUCAAAAGUAAAUCAGGUUCUCAAAACAAGGUGCCAGUCAAAGAUGUUAGAGCAUCUAAAACCCCUCCAAUCAAACCUGAUGCUAAAGGUAAAGCAGCUCCAUCACCUGCCCCAGCCACCAAGAAAACUCCUCCUCCUGUCAAAACACCGCAAGCACCUGUAGCUCUUCAGCCUUCAACCACAGAAGCAGUUCCAGAGCAGAACAGCUCUGAGGCCACAAAUGUCCUUGUGGUAGAACAAGAACUCUCUCCUGCAGAGAAACUUUACAAGUCAACAUUUGCCCUACAGGUGUAUGACAUUCUGGGAGAUAUGGCAGAUAAGAUGGACGACAUGUUUGGAGCAAUGAAAAAUGACAAAGGAAAUUUUAUCUAUUAGUGUGAAGAGGCUGUUAUACAAAGAUAUACAUGUAUAUAUUUAUAACUUUAUUGCAAGAUUUGUUUGUUUUCAUGAUUUUAAAACUCUGUGAUAUUAUUGUAAUUAUAGAGAUGUUAAUAUCUUUCUGUAUUUAUACCAUGUGAUGUGAACGACUGUUACUGUAACUUGAACUUGGUAUGAAGAUAUUAAAUGUACUACUUUACACUGUA